GCCUCUCCUCACAGUGAGUGUGUGUGGCUGGGGGUAUUGUGAAUCUACUGGGAGCAGAGAGCCCCAUGUCUGAUGCAGUCAUGCACUACCAUCUUGGAUGGUACUUGGUUCUUGGGUGCCUGCUACUGGAUUUACUUGGAGCUUGUCUGGAGGGACAAAGGAUACCAAAGUCAAAGAGGAAAGAGGAUGUGUUUGGGCAGAGUGGGAGUCGGCGUGGGGACGGGACAUGGGGUCCCCGCCAGAAAGGCUCGGUGGGACGAGGGGAUGUCUUUGUGGUGGACGAGGACACAGACCUGGCUGAUCCAAACCUCCAGGGGGGACACCGCAACCCUCAGUGGAAACCCAGCAGUCAGGGCCCCAAAGGCAGCCGCGAGGACAAGCCUGAGCCCUCCUCCAAACUCUUGGAGGAGAACAUCACCACGGACAAGAAGACAAAAGACUCUGGAGGGAGGGGCGUCGGCCUGUUUCCCGCAAAACCCUUGGAUGACAUCAUUAUUGAUUUGGACCCUGGGUUUUCCCCGAAGAAGCCCUCAGUGGAGUUUCCCCAUGUCGAUAAGACUCAGAUAGAGACCCCCCUGGACCAGGAGCACCCAGACUCUAACCUGCUGAGAGAGGAGGUGGAGUGGCCUCAGACCCCUUCUCAGACUGCCUUCACCCCCACCUCAGAGCCCCCUGUCCCCCCUGUGGAGGCUGUAACUGAGGAGAGGAGACCCACCACACACAUCCCCACCCAGCCAGACUCUGACCGGGCUAUCACUGUGGAACGAGGACCAGAACGCCCACGCACAGUGUCCAUCGUACACAGGGAAGGGGAUCUGGUUCUGGGCUCUGAUGGCCAGAUGUAUAGGCUCCAGAGAGGGCCCCCAGGCCGAAUGGGGCCCCCAGGAAAGGAGGGUUUUCCCGGUCACGCUGGCUUGCGUGGGUUUAAAGGUGACAGGGGCCAGCUUGGGCCUGAGGGGCGUGCAGGGCGACAGGGGGAUCCAGGUCCCCCCGGCCCACCUGGUCUGCCGUCCUUCUACCUGUGGAAGAACACUAUUGAGGAGUGGGCUGCUUUUCGGCAAACAUCUUUCUACCAUUUGCUCUAUGCUGGCUGGCCUAGGGAGCAGGGACCCCCAGGACCAGCUGGGGAGAUGGGAAAAACAGGCCCACAGGGGCCAACAGGGGAUCCUGGCCAACGAGGGCCUCCAGGAAUAAUUGGAGAAAUGGGUGAGCCGGGCCAAAAGGGGGUGGUGGGCAGAGCAGGGCUCCAUGGGAAAUAUGGAGAGAAUGGGCUGGAUGGUCAGCCUGGGAUGCCGGGUGACCCUGGGCGACAGGGACCCUUCGGGUAUAGGGGAGAAGGCGGUUCCAAAGGAGAAAAAGGGGACGAGGGCCUUAUUGGAGCCAAGGGCCCAAGAGGACAUAUUGGAGAACUGGGCGAGAAGGGCUCUUUUGGUUUACCAGGCCGUCCCGGUUAUGUUGGUCCACCAGGGCCUCAGGGAGUCAGAGGGUUCACAGGCUCAGAGGGAAACCCUGGACCUGAUGGGGAGGCUGGGUUUGAUGGGCCUCCAGGGCCUCCUGGGACAGUGGGAGCCACUGGUUUCACAGGCCGUGUUGGCGAUCAGGGAGUUAACGGCUCACAGGGAGAGUUGGGGCCUGUUGGAGUCAUCGGCCCCAGAGGCCCCCAGGGACCCCAGGGUUUAGAUGGCGAGAGUGGGCCUCCAGGACUCAGGGGAAUCCAGGGACAGCUUGGGAUGAGUGGUGCCCUUGGUCCGAAAGGUGAUCCUGGGCCUAUGGGGACAAUGGGUAUCCGGGGUGAGCCAGGGUUCGAGGGGCCCAUGGGGCCACUGGGAACACAAGGUCCAAAGGGUUUCCCUGGAAUUACUGGUAAGAGGGGACCAGACGGGGACAAAGGGGACCCUGGACCGAAGGGGGAGAGAUGUGUUCAGGGUGCUUCGGGCAUCCAAGGGCCUCAGGGAGAGAGUGGUCCUAGUGGCUUCCCUGGCUUUACAGGGCUCAAUGGUCAACCUGGCACUAAAGGCAUUGGGGGAGAGAAUGGAGAAACUGGCCCUCAGGGAAAACUGGGCAGAGAUGGGCUGAAGGGGAAUAGGGGUCCAGAUGGGCGCAACGGCCAGCCUGGACACAGAGGGACCAAGGGUCGCAUCGGACAGAGAGGGCAUGAUGGCCAGCCUGGUUCACUGGGUUUGCCAGGCCCACCUGGGACAGAGGGACCAGAAGGAAAGCCUGGUACACAGGGUCUCUCUGGUUCAGUGGGAAUAACUGGCGAUAAAGGCCUAAAGGGAUUCCAGGGCAUUGCUGGAGAGCCAGGUCCAGAUGGCCGUUCAGGCCCUCUGGGCCCACCUGGACGGACAGGACCAACAGGUAUCCCUGGGCCACUGGGAGAGAGGGGCUUCACUGGGAAGGAAGGUGUGGAGGGACCCCAGGGGCCAGUAGGCAUGUAUGGUUUCCCGGGUAGCAUGGGAAUGCGUGGCACAAAUGGUCACACCGGACAUAGGGGGGAGACUGGUGUAAGAGGCCUGUCUGGUCUUACUGGGAAGCCUGGACCUCCAGGUGUAUCAGGACCUCAUGGGGAUAGAGGCCCUCCAGGACCUCAGGGUCGGCUAGGGGAUCUGGGACCCACAGGGCUAGAGGGCCCACAGGGCCCCUCGGGUCUGCAGGGCUCAGAUGGAGCCACGGGGAAACCGGGACCAAGGGGAAGCAGGGGGCCUCCGGGGCCACAAGGCUCUAACGGACCAGCAGGAAUCCUAGGAAUGACAGGUGCUGGUGGACUAAUUGGACCAGCGGGGGAAAGAGGAGAAAUGGGUAUGCUGGGACCUUCUGGUGAUCUAGGUCCUCCUGGACUGGAUGGCGAACAGGGCACUCCUGGCCAAUCGGGGUUGGAGGGGCAAACAGGAACGAAUGGGGAAAAGGGAGACCUAGGACCUUGUGGGAAACUUGGUCCUGCAGGGCAGCCUGGAGCUCGAGGUCUACAAGGACUCAAAGGGUUACAAGGCUCUCCUGGACCAAUGGGAAAAGAGGGUGAUGUUGGACCUCUUGGCGAUGCUGGUGGUCCAGGUUCCAAAGGGGAGAAGGGUGAUGUGGGGCCUCUGGGGCCCACAGGGCGGGAGGGUCCAUGGGGGACCUUGGGGGAAAAUGGGGAGAAGGGACCAAAAGGAGAGAAGGGCCACAUCGGACUUAUGAGUCAGUCAGGAUUCAUGGGAGAAAUAGGACCUGCAGGCUUGUCAGGGCUACAGGGUAUUAUGGGCCCUAGGGGGCCUCCAGGGCCAGAUGGACCUCAAGGAGAGAAGGGGGAGUCUGGGCCUAGCAGAGCCAUCGGACCUCAAGGCAAAACAGGACCUCCGGGGGUGGCUGGACUUCAAGGAGUCAGAGGUGACACAGGGAAGCCAGGACCACAGGGUCCAGUAGGGAAGGUUGGGACUGAGGGAGACUUGGGCCAUAAAGGUGAGCCAGGACUAGAUGGAGAGAAAGGGGAGCCAGGGGGACCAGGCGAGCCAGGAGAACAGGGGGUUGACGGUCUGCCAGGCAUCAGAGGGCCCCCAGCGCUUCUUGGUUUGGAGGGGCCACAGGGUGAGGUGGGAGCCCAGGGGCCAGAAGGUCCCCUAGGGGCAUUGGGUGUCAGGGGAAACCCAGGACCUGAGGGAAAACAGGGACUGAAAGGAGAGAAGGGAGAUGACGGCAGAGAUGGAUCACCUGGAAAGACAGGUCACAUCGGAAGGAGUGGGAAAAGAGGCAAGGCUGGAAUCAGGGGCACAAGAGGAGAGAGAGGACCAAAGGGAGAGAGGGGACAUGUGGGAUUGAUUGGUGUUCCAGGAUGGGUGGGGUCUAUAGGAAUCCCAGGCUUGGGAGGAGACAGGGGGGAUCAGGGUGAAAAAGGGAGUGAGGGAGAAAAGGGGAACAUAGGGCUGCUCGGUCUGCCAGGGCGUGAUGGCCUAAAGGGUAGUCUGGGUCCUUUUGGGGUGCCAGGACAGGUGGGCCCGAAGGGAGAUCAGGGGAAUAUUGGACCGUCUGGGCCAAGAGGAACACCUGGGAUGCCAGGACUACCUGGUUUGUUUGGCGAGAAGGGUUUGAAAGGCUUUGAGGGAUUUCCUGGGCAACCUGGGACAAGGGGCCUGCCGGGGGCACCUGGCCUCCCAGGACUUCCAGGACCCUCAGUAAACAUGACCCUUACUCAACUCAAGGACCUUCAGUACCUGUCAGAUAAGCCCAACUUCCCCCUGAUCCAGACCCUGCUGGACUCUCUGCACCAGGACCUGAGGCUGCUGGUAGACCCCCCUGAUGGCAGCAAGGAGCACCCUUCCACCACCUGCAUGGAGCUGUGGCUCUGCCACCCCGACUACGCCAGCGGGAUGUAUUAUAUUGACCCCAACCAGGGCAGCCCCAAUGAUGCUCUCCUAGUCUACUGCAACUUCUCUGGCACACCCGCACAGACCUGCCUUCACCCCCGAGACGCCCAGAUGACCAUGAAGGCCUGGCUAAAGGAUUCAGAGACAAACAGCUCGUUCCAAUGGCUCAGCAAGCAGGAACAAGGAUUUCAGUUCUAUUACCCAGGGGCCAAUGUGGUUCAGAUGCGUUUCCUGAGGUUGCAGAGUUGUAAAGCCGUGCAAAGGAUCAUCUACUCAUGCCACCCGGGACACAGGCUGGGUCACACAGACAGAGAGGUCAAGUUCCUGGCAGACACAAGGAGGCAGAGUUUCUUGGGAGCACUUAAAGACUGUAUGCCUGGAGAAGAGGUGGAUUCGCUGGAGCCGCGGGAGUCUGUGUUUGAAUUUGAGGACCUCAACCUGCUUCCUGUGAGAGAUGUGGCUGUCUUCGGGGGUGGAAACUUCACACAUGAAUUUGGCUUCACCAUCGGGCCCAUCUGUUUCAGCUAGAGAGGGAGAGAGGGGGCCCUUAUAGCUCCUUUUCCACUUGCUUGGACUCACAGAGCCAGGACAAGAGCCUGUGUUCAGGACCCCAAUACAUCUAGAGAACAAGAGGACAAAGGGAAUCGCUCCACCAUUUUGUGAGGGCAUCACUCCUCUUUCCAUGUGAUAUAUUUGUUGGAGAACAUCGAUCAAUUCUCUUGUCGACUGGCUCCACAUAAAUGAAUCUUUGAGAGGGCAUCAACUUCCACAGGCUCAAAUUCUUUCGGACAAUUGUAUUUUUGUUUACAGAGACAUUUGUUGUGUAAUGAAUAAUUUAUAUAAUGUUGUUUUGAUUUCUAUAUGUAAUGGUUAUUUAGAAUUUUUUCAAAAACAUUUUAGAACAGCGGUUUAUGCUGUAAAGCCUUCCAUUACAUCCAACAACUUAUUUUGUAUACAGAUAUUUAAUCACUCUUUUGUUGCUGAUAAUUUUUUCUGCACAGCAGGACAUGCAAACGUGUAGUGUAUUCAAUGUUAAAAAAGGCUUCUAAAGUUUGUAAUUUCCAUUUGAAAAUGUCAGACAUGUAUCAACCCCUAAAAUGUCCAUUAAUUACAAUCCACAUAAUAAUUCACAUUUCCUGUUGAUGCAGGAUUAUUUUCCUGCUGUAGCAAACUGGCUCAAAUUAGAUCCUACAUCUGUAUGAACAGUCCUUUUCCAGAAUGGUCUGUUUUUUAUCUGAUGCAGUAGAUUCAAGCGGUCAACAAUGUGUUCCAUUUGGACACGACUAAUGUUGUCUUAUGGGUCAUCACUGACCUUUCAAAAGGUGCUUACUGAGAAACCACUGCUUGUACUUGAGGAGGCCAAAAAACUUGCUGUUGAGUUGUUGAUCUUGUUUCUUUAGUAAACCCUGAUCUCUUGUAAUGAACCUAUUCCCUCCCUUUUGGCAGUGAUUGGGGCAAGAAACCUUAUUUCAUUCAUGCUUGACAUGUUCUGUUACUGGCCUAUUUCUUAUUUGUAAAAAAAUGAUGUACCGCAUACUGUCCGUGCUUGUUUCAGCUCAUUCUUAUGGUACAGUCUCAGGUACAGUCUUGAUAUUCAACACAGACACUGAUGUGCACACUACGUGAUGUGUAUGAUUAAAAACAUAACUCAUUUGAUGUGUUUUAAAUCUGUUUUAGGUGUUCUAAUAAAGGGGCAUUAUGUUGGGCUGCUGGCUCUCCUGCUUUAGCACUGAGCAAUCACUUUCCGAGUCCUCUCUUUGUUCAACCAAUUAAGUGCUGAGGCUCAAAGAAGGGCAGUGUACACUGUAGCUGCUCAGCAAAGCUAGGAUUGCUGAAGAGGUGGUUUCAUUGGCCUGUGUUCACAAAACAUUUUAGUGUAGGAGCGCUGAUCAAGGAUCAGUUUAGCCUAUUAGAUCAUAAUUAUAUGGAUAUGGGGACCUGAUCCUCGAUCAGCCCUCCUACUCUGAGACUGUGAAUAUGGGCCAUUGAGAGCAGUGCAUUUAAUAUUUUCAGUCACAGAACAAUUCAGUGCUGUAGUGGUCUGUCUCUAUGCGUAACGGCCAACCAACGAACAGGGAAUUCAGGAAGGUUUCAGGGAGCGUUCAGUCUUAGCAUGCAGUAGCUUGCAUAAAGGAAUAUGUAUUAUGUUACGUCUUAUAAGUACUCAACCCCAAAUCAGUAGCCACCUUCCAUUACAAACUCCAGAAAGAACUUUCCCAGCAUUGCUGAUAUAAAUGUUUGGUAAAAGGGUAGACACAGUGUCCCUUUGUAGUCGAAGGCUUAUUCUCUAAAUGUUGUCUCCGAACACACUUGGAUCACUGAUAGGUAGGGGGGAUAGGUAGGUGUAAUUAUUUCACAGUAAGGUUGUAUUCGGUGCAUGUGACAGAUAACAUUUGAUUUGAUUUCUCAGGAACAAUGUUCAGGGUUUAUUAGAAAGUUAAUGUAUUAUUAAUUUAUCCCAUUUUUUUGGUAUCCUAAACACAUGCAAUUGGUAGCCUAACAUCAACAUUCAACAUGAUUGCCUUAGCUGGCUGAGACGGAUCAUUGGUGCUUUUUUAGUUUUUGUUUUGUAAAAAUUCUCAUCAUUUGAUUUUAUGUUAUUAUUGUCAGAAAAUUAUAUACUGGACAUGUUUAUACCUGUGUAUAAUUCAGCAUCUCAUUCAGAGAAAUGUAUUAGCUAAAUAAAAAAAAUCACAUAACAG